CAGGCAGUCCUAUAAGCUGUUAGUACUGAUUAACCACACUGAUAGUGUCAGGGCUUGUAUAUUGUUUUACUGAAGGUUUAGUGGUUCAUCACUAAAGGAUUCUGAGCCACUAGACCUACCGGUUGCUUGUUCACAAUAACUGAGUGUCUUCCUCUACCACCAACAUGUCUGCCAAGGCUAUUUAUGAAGCUAAGGGGAAGGAGCUACUGAACAAAUACUUAACUGAUGAGGCUGCUAAAAACAGGUUCGCUGUAGUCACAGAAACUGUCAACUGGGACACACAAACAGCUGACCACCCCUGGCUCCUCACAGAGAAAUUAGUGGUAAAACCUGAUCAGCUGAUCAAGCGCCGAGGAAAGCUUGGUCUGAUAAAAGCUGGGGUGGAUCUAGAGGGAGUCAAGGAGUGGCUGAAAAACAAACUGGGCAGGGAGUUUGAGAUUGGUGCAGCUAAAGGGAAACUAAAGAAUUUUAUCAUUGAGCCUUUCAUUAAACAUGAACAGAAUGAAGAGUUUUACCUGUGUAUAUAUUCCUCCAGAUACUGUGAUACCAUACUGUUUCAUCAUGAAGGGGGGAUAGAUAUUGGGGACGUGGAUGCCAAGGCUGUUAAAUUAGACAUUCCAGUGCUAGAAGAAGUCUCUGAGUCUGACAUUAAAUCCAAACUGUUGUCCAAAGCCCCCGCCUCCGCCCAAGAACCCCUAACAAAAUUCAUCAAAGCCCUCUACACUCAGUACAGGAACUUACAUUUCACAUACCUAGAGAUCAAUCCAUUGGUGUUCACGGGCGGCAGACUCUACAUCCUGGACCUGGCGGCUAAGAUUGACCAGUGUGCCGAGUACCUGUGUAAAUCACUUUGGGGAGACCUGGAAUUUCCCCCACCCUUUGGGAGGGAUGCUCUCCCAGAAGAAGCGUACAUUGCUGAACUAGAUGCAAAGAGUGGGGCAUCUCUAAAACUAACCAUUCUGAACAAAUCCGGCCGAAUCUGGACAAUGGUGGCAGGGGGCGGAGCAUCUGUCAUUUAUGCUGACACAAUCUGUGAUUUGGGAGGGGCCAAAGAUCUUGCUAAUUACGGGGAGUACUCAGGCGCACCUAGUGAACAGCAGACAUAUGAGUACGCAAAGACGAUCCUGUCACUAAUGACAGCAGAGAUCCACCCCGACGGCAAAAUCCUUAUUGUGGGAGGGGGCAUUGCUAACUUCACAAAUGUAGCAGCAACAUUUAAGGGAAUUGUUAGAGGCCUGCGAGAGUACCAGCAGAAGUUGAUUGAAGGCAACGUCAGUGUGUAUGUGAGGAGGGCUGGACCCAACUACCAGGAAGGCCUCAGGAUCAUGAGGGAACUCGGAAACACCCUGGGAAUCCCGAUCCACGUUUUUGGCCCAGAGACCCACAUGACGGCUAUAGUGAGCAUGGCCCUGGGUAAGAGGGAGAUCCCUCACACACCGCGCCCAAUGAACACCACCGCCAACUUCCUGCUGCCCACAGGAGGGGCUUCCCCAGCAACCAGCAGAAGAGGGUCAGUGAACGAACCCUCGUCAAGGUCAGAGGGCAAGGUCACAGUGCCAGAUCAAAGUCAACAGGCCUCCUCCAAGUCUGAGAGAACCCAGACACUGUUUACAGAGAAGACGCAGUGUAUUGUCUGGGGCAUGCAGCAGAGGGCGGUGCAGGGCAUGCUGGACUUCGAUUACGUCUGCUCCCGCCGCGAACCUUCUGUGGUGGCCAUGAUUUAUCCAUUUACAGGAGAUCAUAAGCAAAAGUUUUACUGGGGGCAUAAAGAAAUCCUUGUUCCAGUGUACAAAAACAUGGCUGAUGCCAUGAAGAAGCACCCCCAGGCUGAUGUUCUCAUUAACUUUGCCUCCCUUCGCUCAGCCUUCGAAAGUACCAUGGAAACCAUGACUUACCCACAGAUACGUUCCAUUGCCAUUAUCGCCGAAGGAAUCCCAGAAAACCUAACCAGACAGAUCAUCAAAGAGGCGGACAAGAAAGGCGUAUUUGUCAUUGGACCUGCUACGGUUGGAGGAGUGAAGCCGGGCUGUUUCAAAAUUGGAAACACAGGAGGAAUGUUGGACAACAUCCUGGCAUCUAAGCUCUUCAGGCCUGGGAGUGUAGCAUACGUCUCGCGAUCAGGGGGAAUGUCCAAUGAGUUGAACAACGUCAUAUCACUGAACACAAAUGGAGUGUACGAGGGUAUAGCUAUCGGUGGUGACAGAUACCCAGGUACCACCUUCAUGGACCACAUACUGAGGUACCAGGACGACCCCAAUGUCAAAAUGAUCAUCCUGCUGGGCGAGGUAGGUGGGACAGAGGAGUACCACCUGGUGAGUGCCAUGAAGAGUGGGCGUGUCAACAAACCGGUGGUGGCCUGGUGUAUCGGGACCUGUGCCAAGAUGUUCACCUCUGAUGUACAGUUUGGCCAUGCAGGGGCAUGUGCAAAUGCAGAAGCUGAAACAGCAUCAGCAAAAAACCAGGCUCUGACUGAUGCUAAAGCCUAUGUCCCCAAAAGUUUUGAUGAAUUGGGCACACUAAUAAAGGAUGUGUAUGAUAAGCUGGUAGAGAAUGGAACCAUUGUACCAGAGCCUGAACAACCCCCACCCACAGUACCCAUGGACUACACCUGGGCAAGGGAGUUGGGUCUAAUCCGUAAGCCGGCGUCCUUUAUGACCAGUAUCUGUGAUGAGAGAGGACAGGAACUGUUGUAUGCUGGGAUACCGAUUACCGACAUAUUCAAGGAGGACAUGGGAAUCGGGGGCGUGCUCAGUCUGCUGUGGUUCCAGAGAAGGUUACCCAAGUACGCGACUAAGUUUAUUGAAAUGUGUCUGAUGGUGACAGCUGAUCAUGGUCCAGCGGUCUCGGGGGCACACAACACCAUCGUGUGUGCCAGGGCCGGCAAAGAUCUUGUGUCCUGCCUUGCGUCUGGUCUCCUCACCAUUGGAGACAGGUUUGGGGGUGCCCUGGACGCUGCAGCUAAACAGUUCUCUGAUGCCUACACCAGUGAUAUGAUCCCCAUGGAGUUUGUCAACAACAUGAGAAAGGAGGGAAAACUCAUCAUGGGAAUAGGUCAUAGGGUCAAAUCUAUCAACAAUCCUGACAUGAGAGUUGUCAUUCUAAAAGAGUAUGCAAAGAAGAAUUUCCCAGCUACACCACUGUUAGACUAUGCAAUAGAAGUAGAAAAAAUUACAACAUCCAAGAAACCCAACCUAAUUCUGAAUGUGGAUGGUUUCAUUGGAGUGGCUUUUGUGGAUUUACUCAACAAUUGCGGAUGUUUCACUGGGGAGGAAGCCAGGGAACUGAUAGAUGUAGGUGCCCUCAACGGACUGUUUGUGCUGGGUCGUAGUAUGGGAUUCAUUGGUCAUUUUCUGGAUCAGAAGAGAUUGAAGCAGGGGUUAUACAGGCAUCCUUGGGACGAUAUCUCGUACAUCAUGCCGGAGACCAUGGGACUGAUGGGAGAAGACACAGACAAAAUCUAAAUACCACCAACUAUAGUGAAGACUGUCCUCUUACACUGCCAAUCAUAGUGUAGACUGUCUCCUUAUUUCGAGCAAGGCUGGCCUUGAACAAUCCAAGAUAAAAGCUUAAUACAUGAAUAUUAUAGAUUUUACACAGUGCUAGAUGAAAAAACACAUCAAUAUUUAGCUAUGUGUACUAUUUAUUGACCUAUUGUGAAAUGUUAUAGAUAGAAACACAUCUGUGUGAUAUAUACCUUUUAUGCAAUUGCAAACAGCAUAAUAAUUUAGCUAGAGAAUGGAUGACAAUAUUAGCUUUAUAUGAGUAUGUUGCUUAGUUUGGCUUGUAAAA